AUGGGCACUUUCUCGCAUCGCUCAUCGAGAGAACAGUCUUUGGAUUUGACUGAUUAUCACGACGAUCAAAGCAAGUUGACGUUUGACCUUGACACCGAUCUGGGUGAAAUGACUGGAAUCAUUAAAGACACACUAGCUGGCGAAGGUGAAACCACUGAAAGGGCCGUGGAAGAAACCCAGUGGGCUGCUCCUGAGAGUUGGGCUGUAUCUAAGGAGACACCCUUGACAGAAGAUGCCUUGUGGGCUAAUGGAGAUGCUAUUGCUUCGGCGCCUAAGAAGACCAAUUUCUUUUUGCGUGUGUUUAGAGAAGAUGGCACUUUUGGUACAGUAUCAUGCCCUCUAUAUGCAACUGUCUCCGAGUUAAUCCAGAUGUUGGGUAGGAAAUUUUUCCUUCCCUCUGUGGCAGGAUACAAAUUGUCAGUCAGGUCUGGCGGUUUGACACGACUUUUACAGCCCAAUGAACGACCGGUCUUAUUACAGAAAAUAUUGCUAGAGUUUAUGGGCUACACGGAGAGAGAUCGCAUUGCGGAACUUGGUAGGGAGGAUCUGAGUUAUUUAUGUCGAUUUGAGUUUUCCAAGACUCCAUUCAAGCAGUUUGGUAAGGAUGAUCGUGUAUAUGCAAGAGACGUCACGACCGUGGCCUUGAGAGAUAUGCAUCUCCAAACUAUUCCAAUAGUUAUCUUUCAAAAGGCUUCGGAAAUCGAGUCAUUAGAUGUAAGUGAGAAUCCCUCGAUUAUUUUGCCGUUGGAUUUCAUCCAGGCAUGCGCAAGACUUAAGGAGCUCAAAUUCAUCAGCAACCACUGUUUACAAUUCCCUGCUAAUAUCUUGAAAACUGCUGCCCUGACACAUCUGGACUUGUCUAAUAAUCUCCUCAUUACUUUGGACAAUAUUGACUUUGGACAGCUGCAACACCUACAAUCAUUAAAUCUUCAAGGUAAUCGCUUGACUAAUCUCCCUGAUAAUAUUAGCAAACUUGAACAACUCAAAGUGCUCAACAUGUCGUCAAAUAAUUUGACUCAUGUCAAUCCAGCCUUGUGUCGAAUCGAGUCUCUAAUUGAGUUGGACUUUUCGUUUAAUCGUAUCGAAGAGCUUCCCGAUGAAAUCGGCCAAUUGAAGCAACUGGAAAAGCUCGGCAUGACGAAUAACUAUUUGUCCAAAGAGUUGCCAAAAACAUUCAAUAACCUGGUCUCAUUAGUGGAUCUGGAUGUUCGUUAUAAUAAACUUCAGAAUAUCGACAUUCUUAGCGAGUUGCCUCGUCUGUCUAUGCUCUAUGUUUCCAAGAAUUCAGUUCAUACAUUCCAGCAUUCAUUCCACCGACUGAGCAUGUUUUACUUCGAUAGGAAUCCAAUUACUAAGAUCUUUUUCAAAGAGCCAUUGCAUAGUUUGACGGUGUUAAACCUACGGAAGGCUAAACUUACUGUCCUCAGUGACGACUUUCUGAAGAUGAUUCCUAUGAUUGAACGGUUGGUUCUGGAUGGCAACCAUUUGGUUACUCUUCCACCAGGAAUCGGCUCUUUGAAAAAGCUACUGUAUCUGAGUAUAGUGGCUAAUGAGUUGUCGAGUCUUCCACCAGAAAUUGGCAACCUGAAAGAGCUCCGAACGUUGGAUCUUCAUAGUAACAACUUGAAGAGUUUACCAGAAGAACUCUGGAAUUUGUCUUCAUUGAUGGUGUUGAAUAUUUCAUCCAACUUGCUAGACUCAUUCCCAAAGCCCAACUUCCAUAUUGGAAGUAUUGGUAGUGCCGACUCUAUGGCUCCUCUGUAUAAAUCACUCACUGCGUCAGUGGCCAAUCGCGAAGAAUUCAGUGAUUCCUAUGAGUUGCGCACUGUGGAUGAUCGAAGACCUUCUGUAAUGUCGGUUCAAUCUAUUCCGUCUCCAAAAGACGGUAGUUCUAGAAGAAUCUCCAUCUACCCUCCUUUACAGCCUAUUCCUUCAUACGACGAGAGUGAUUCAACCACCACUAAUGACGUUUCGGCUUCUCCCAGAGGUAGACCAUGUUUGUCACACAGUUUAUCGAUUCUGCGUGCUGCUGACAAUCGUUUCAAUGAUGACUGUUAUCAAGAGUUGUCAUUGCUCAGUGAAUUGCAGGUUUUGAAUCUGUCUUACAACGAACUUGUUGAUAUUCCAUAUGGAGCUCUAGGAAGGUUGACACGACUGAGAGAACUUUACUUAUCUGGUAACAACCUUAGCAGUUUGCCAGCAGACGACUUUCAAAAUACAAAGACGUUACGAGUUUUCUAUGUUAACUCCAAUAAGCUCCACUCGUUACCCGCAGAAGUGGGUAAGAUCUCUCAUUUGCAAGUCUUCGAUGUCGGUUCUAAUAAUCUUAGAUAUAAUAUCAACAAUUGGCCUUAUGAUUGGAAUUGGAACUGGAAUCGGGAGCUGAAGUAUCUUAACUUUUCAGGAAAUCGUCGUUUGGAGAUCAAAAAUAUGCAUGGAGCCACUUCACACUCUCGAGGAGAAGAUAACCAAAGGAACUUGAGUGACUUUACCGUCCUGACUAAUUUGCGAGUUUUGGGACUUAUGGACGUGACACUGAUGACACCGUCUGUACCUGAUCAGACUGAAAACUGCCGUGUCCGUACAUAUGGUUCCGAUAUAUUGUCAAUGAGUUAUGGUAUGGCCGACUCUCUAGGAGCUCAUGAUAAUCUAUCAACGAUGGAUUUGGUCAUCGAAAGGUUCAGAGGUAAUGAGAAGGAAGCUAUCAUUGGUCUCUUUGACGGUAGAAAUAAGAACCGUGAGGGAGGAAACAAGGUUAGUAAACUUAUCCAAGAAACUUUUGGAAAUAUCUUUGAUGAUGAGCUGUCUAAGCUCCGCGAAGGAGAAAGUGUUUCAGAUGCUUUGCGUAGAGCAUUCUUGUCAACUAAUAAGGAGAUCGGUAAUACUACUAUGCUACCAUCAGAAGAGAUUGCUCGUACAUUUAUAGCCCACAGAAGUUCAACUGCUGCUAAUCUUGAUCCCGAUGACCGAUCUACUGGAUCAUGUGCCACUAUUGUCUACAUCAACGACAAUCGUAUGUUUGUUGCAAACGUAGGAGACACUAUGGCAUUAUUGUCAAAGGGUAAUGGAGAUUAUACAGUUCUUACCACUCGCCACGAUCCUACAUCCAAGGAAGAGCUAGAAAGAAUAAGAGAAGGAGCUGGUAUUGUAUCUAGUGAUGGACGGUUGGAUAAUGUCCUUGAUGUGUCACGAGCAAUUGGAUUCUACAAUCUCAUCCCGCAUAUUCACGCAGCUCCAUCUAUUGCUGAGUAUGAUCUUACUGAUGCGGACGACUUCUUGAUUCUCGCUAGUAAGCAACUUUGGGAAUAUGUGACAUACGAAAUGGCAGUUGAUUUGGCGAGAACCGAAAUCGACGAUCCUAUGUUGGCUGCACAGAAACUACGUGACUUUGCCAUUGCCUAUGGUUGUAACGACAAGAUUAUGGUGAUGGUUAUUGCAGUUGGUGGAUUCCGUAGAAAGGCCAAGUACAAGGGCUCAACAGGAGGUAACAUAAAUCAUCUCGGCUCUUUAGCUGGUGCCGAAGAAGAAUUGUUCCCUUCGUUGAAGAAACGACGUGACAAGUCAUUGUUACCGGAAGAUUCGUCCUUGGCUAGACUUGGUGGUGAAGUAGAGCCUCCAGUGGGUGAUGUUGCAAUGGUAUUCACUGAUAUCAAGAACUCCACACUUUUAUGGGAAACAUACCCUGUUGCAAUGAGAUCAGCCAUCAAAACUCAUAAUGCUAUAAUGAGAAGAAAUAUUCGUAUUAUGGGUGGAUACGAAGUUAAGACUGAAGGUGAUGCGUUUAUAGUUUCGUUCCCUACGCCUACUUCAGCUCUUCUAUGGUGUUUCAGUGUACAAUCGCAAUUACUAGUGGCAGAUUGGCCUGCAGAGAUAGUGGAGUCUAAAGAAGGAGGACCAGUGACUGAUUCCAACGAUGUACUUAUCUUCCGUGGUCUGUCAGUAAGAAUGGGUAUCCACUGGGGUAGACCAGUAUGUGAGACAGAUGUCAUUACUAAGAGAAUGGACUAUUUUGGCCCCAUGGUGAACCGAACAGCUCGUAUUAGUGCUGUUGCCGAUGGUGGUCAAAUUACUCUUUCUUCAGACUUCCUAUCUGAAAUUAAACGUCUGGAUAAGGCACACAAGCGUGUUCUUGAAGGAACAAGUUUGCCGGAAGCAUAUGGAGAUGAGGCUUUAGGCGAAUCAAUGGAUCGUAACAUGAAAAUGCUGCAUCAAUUAGGAUACAUCGUGCAAGAUCUUGGAGAAAUGAAAUUAAAGGGUCUAGAAAAUCCUGAAUCUAUCUCAGUCAUAUACCCUAAGAGUCUUCGAGGCCGUCUUGAGCAUCAUGAACAAAACCGUACUCCAGAGCAAAUCAAGCAACAGACGACUAGUUUUGGCGGUGUAAUGGGUGGUGACGGGAAGCCGGAUAUGAGACAACCCAAGAGACCAUCACAUCCUUUAGGACACGGUGCAGUGCGUGCUGGAGGGCUCACAAUGGACCUCCUACAGCGAUUGCGGUCAGUUUCCAAUAGAUUGGAAAAAGUAUGCUCGCAGCUCAACAUGCCUGCUAUUGACAUGACUGCAUUUUCCGAUUAUGACAGGAAGACUAAUGCCAAUGUCAUGGCCGUGGUACCUAAUACUGAUUAUGAUUACAUUCUGUUUUUCGAGCAGCUCGUAACAAGAAUCGAAAACGCUCUGUCGACAUUAUAUAUCCGUGCUGCAUCAAACAACAUACGACAUCACUAUGCUUCGGAAGGACCAACUGAUACUUUGUCGGAGUUGGCAGAUAUCCUGAAGAAGAUGUCGAUUCUUGUUGUGGAAAAUCGAAUCAAACUAGACAGUCCAAACCCGACCUCAUCUGGUUAG